UCUUCCUGCGACCGUUACAACGAUCGCGUCGGCAGGAAACCGGGACUCGCGUUGAAACAAUGUCGAUCGCGAUUAAACUUAAACAAUUUCAAAUCCCCAGGUGCAAAGGGGAGAAGCUGGCCAAAAUCGAGUUUAGGGGCGUUUGGCACUUAACAAAACUGCUAGAAGACAAUGCUUCAGAACUUCUCAUUGUUGAUCAGAGAUUCGAUUGGCCAAUAGCAAGGCCGAUAGACGAUGACGAAACCAUCCUUAUUGAGUUGUACUUAAGAAAUCGGCUUUUCGCCGACAAACUCAUCGGCUCCUAUCGAAUGGUGCUCCAAAAAGUCGCUCAAGAAGGCCGGAUUAACGUGUGCGAUAAUUUGGUGGACAGCAAUAAUAAAACAAUCGAGGGAACUGUGGAAUUUUCUGUGCUCUACUCGCUCCCUGAUGCGUCGCUUGCAUCUUUCACUGGCAGCCCUUCAUUGGAUCACAUGCUGGACGAUGACCAACAGAUGCUGUUUGAUAUUGAGCAAAAUAUCGCCAAUAUAGAGAAGAAUCUUCUCACUGAGCAAACGGCACUGGAGCCCAGCAAGAAGAAGCCUUUUAGAAGAGGGAUCAGCACGCCGGACAAAAGCGUUAGUGACCGGAAAAGGUCGACGCUCAGAAGUGUGCGGAGCCUGAUUAAAUUUGGCAAGCAACGACCGCCGAAAGAUAGCGACACGGAAGAUGAGCUGACGCACCUCAUCAGAGGUUCCGAGUCGGGCAGAAGCUCACGGAAUUCUGAGCUGGAUUCUGCUCCAAUCUCCCGGGCUGGAAGCGACACUUCCAUUGAUUCCAAUGGAGACUAUCAGUUAACAACCACAGAAAAAAAACGAGCAACUAAACUAAAAGAGCUGAAAAACAGUCAAACCGUUUCUGACCCCGCUCUAAAGGCUCAAGACUUUCAAGUGUGCUUGACUAUAAUUGAGGCUCGUCAACUGGCAGGCCUUAACAUGGAUCCAGUGGUUUGCAUUCAAAUUGGCGAGCAGCGAAAAUACACCAGUGUAAAAGAGAGCACAAAUUGCCCAUAUUAUAAUGAGUACUUUGUCUUCGACUUCCACAUGCCUCCCAUUAUGCUGUUUGACAAAAUCAUUCAACUAUCGGUGUUGCAGUCACGCAACUUUUUGCGCGGCAACAAAAUGCUGGGAAGCUUUAAACUGGAUGUGGCCACAGUUUGGGCUCAGCCAGAUCACCAAUUCUAUCACAAAUGGGCCCUGUUGACCGACCCUGAUGAUAUAGCCGGAGGCCCAAAGGGUUAUUUAAAAUGUGAUAUCAGUGUGAUAGGAAAAGGGGAUACAGUUAAGGUGCCGUCGAAGAGCGAAAGGGAUGAAGACGAUAUCGAAGCGAACCUUUUGUUGCCCGACGGAGUGCCGACUGAUCGACAAAGAGCGCAUUUCGUGGUCAAAAUCUACCGAGCUGAUGGAUUGCCGAAAAUGAACUCUUCGCUAAUGGCAAAUGUGAAAAAAGCCUUUACAGGCGAGCUCAAUGACUUAGUCGACCCUUUUGUUCAGGUUUCUUUUGCCGGAUUAACGGGUAAAACCACAGUGAAAAAACAUAACUACGCACCGGUUUGGAACGAGCAGCUCGUAUUUACGGAGAUGUUUCCUCCACUGUGUCAGAGGAUCAAAAUUCAGCUUCGGGACGACGAUCCGGUCAAACCCCGAGUUAUUGGCACGCAUUUCGUGGAUCUGAAGACCAUCUCGAAUGAUGGCGAGAAGGGCUUUAUGCCCACUUUUGGGCCCAGUUUUAUUCAUCUGUAUGGAUCGACCCGGGACUACAGCAUUAUCGACGAACAUUCGAGCCUUAACACUGGAUUGGGCGAAGGAGUUUCGUAUCGUGCCAGACUGCUGAUCUCCAUCCGAACAGAAAUAACCGACAACAUCGACCUAUCGCCAGCCGCAGUUGAAUUAGAACCGACCACACCGAUAAAUGAAGAAUCAUACGCAAAAAAUGAAGAAUUCUUCCUGUUCACCACCAUUCUGGAUGCAUCGAUGAUUGACAAAAAAUUAGGAGACAAACCCGUUUACUUUGAAGUCAGUAUCGGGAAUGCUGGAAACGCUAUUGAUGGACACAACACGUCGACAAAAGAACAUUACGAUUCAGACAGCGAUGAAUUAGAAAUAGUUUCUUCAGACACAGCUUGUUGGCAAAGUACCACAAGCCCAAGCAAACCGAUGACCCACGAUAAAAUUUACUAUUUUUUGCCUUACUGGGACAACAAACCUUGCAUGCACAUACGCUCAGUUUGGCCUGACUAUCGCCGAAGAUUGUACAAUGCGAACAUCAUUGGCAAAGUUGCUGAAAAAUUGGAGGAUGGUUUAGACGAAGUGAAUACAGCCGCCGAAACCGACGAUCCAGAAGCAGAAUCCAAACUGAAGCAAGUGUUAGACGAUUUGUCGACAUCUUGUGCGAAAUACAUCACGAUUUCGAAAUCCUCCACCACCGGCCCUGGAACUGAGAAGACCAAGCUGGACAAAGAACGAUUGAAACUAUGCCAACGGGAAAUAGAACACAUUGGAAAUGCCGCAAGAAACCUAAAAGCGCUAGUGACAAAAAAUUCCUUCAAAGAUCGCUACAAAACCGCGCAAUCCUACUUAACAAAACUCAGAUUCCUCACUGAAGAUCCUCAACAUUCACUUCCUGAUGUGUUUUUGUGGAUAAUUUGCGGCGGAAAGCGACAGGCUUACCAAAGAAUACCAGCUAGGGACAUCGUCUACUCAAUAGUGGACGAGGAAAGUGGAAAAUAUUGCGGAAGAGUCAGAAGCAUCUUUUUAAAGCUUCCAGGUAAAAAAUCGAGUGGACCGAGUGGAUGGACGAUCCCAGCUAGAAUGCAAAUAUACUUUUGGCUGGGUAUGUUAAAGCAUAAGAAGCAUUUUAUCGCUGGUAUACCCAAAGGGUACGAAGUAUCUCAAGAACUCCGAAACGUUGAAAGACCGCGAGCGCUUCCGCCAUCAGUUAUACACUAUGUGGAAAAACACACGUUUCAACUCAGGGCUCACGUUUACCAAGCAAGAUCCCUUAUAGGGAGCGACGCCUCGGGACUAUCUGAUCCAUUUGCCCGCGUUAUUGCAGGGGAAUUCUGUCGGACCACGCAAGUUAUCGAUGAGACUUUAAGUCCUACUUGGGACGAGUUGCUGAUUUUUGACGAAAUUCUCCUAUUCGGUUCUUCAGAAGAAAUCAAAACAGACCCACCCUCAAUAAUCAUCGAAAUAUUCGAUCAGGACAAAGUGGGGAAAUCGGAAUUCAUCGGAAGAGCGAUAGCAAAGCCCCACGUUAAGCUGCGAGAUGAACAAUACAAAAAGCCAACCUUUCCUCCAUCCCUGGAAUGGUUUACCAUAACCAGAGGACCAGAUCAUGCUGGUGAGCUUCUGGCCGCUUUCGAGCUGCUAGAAAUUCCCAGUGGAACUGAUGAAGCCUUGCCUCUAUUGCCGCAAGCCAAAGACAUUCCCAUCUAUAAGGAUACUGAUACCAAAGACUUGGGGCCUCUGCUGCCGGUGCCCAGAGGAAUCCGGCCGACUUUGGCGCGUUAUAGGAUAGAGGUGCUUUUUUGGGGGCUCAGAGAUUUGAAGCGAAUCCACUUGCUGACUGUGGAUAAACCCAGGGUGGACAUCGAAUGUGCUGGACACAUUCUCUACUCCAGCAUCAUAUCAAAUUCCAAGAAAAACCCCAACUUUUCCACCCCUGUGAAAUUCCUGGAACUGGAUCUUCCAGAGCAGGAAUUAUAUCGGCCACCCUUAACCAUACGGGCAGUGGAUUGUCGCAGCUUCGGCAGGUACACUUUGGUUGGAACUCACAUCAUUAACUCCAUCCACAAGUACAUGUACACGCCCUUAACGAAAAAGGAAAGGGAAGCUGAGGACAGGAAAAGGUCCUUAAACCAACUGAGAACGGUUGAUGGGAUUUUGGUUGCAGGCAACCAAUCACCUUCAGUGGUUUCCGGCGGAACCGUGGACGAUAAGGAAAAGAGCCCGCUUCUUCCAAGGGACAUCACCAUUUCCUUCGGAUACGGCACCCAAGAAUCCGCAAAGAAGACCAAGCGCGGCAGUGGGAAGAAACGAAAGCAGAGCGUUGAUGAAGAGCUUGAUGAUGAGGAAGGAAGCAAGGAUUGGUGGACGAAGUAUUUCGCGUCCGUCGAGCGGAUGAUCCACGAAUCCAAAGAAGCCAAAAAAAUAUCCACGCAAAAUGGAAAUCUUCAAGUCUAUUACGCAGAGGACGACAGCAACACUCCAUCAGGAUACAGUUCAGACAAAAGUCCGGGCCAGGAAUACAAAAAGCGAUUCGGCUUUAAAACAGCAGCAAAUGCCUCGAGAUUGACUGCUCGAAUUAGCCCGAAAAGUGUGAGGAAAAGCAGCAAAUCCAAGCCUGUGCUAUGCAAAGUCUUUCCUACGGAGUUGGAGGCACGUCCUGAGUUUUCCGAGUUCAAAGAAUGGCUGCAUACUUUCGAGCUGUACCGCGGCAAAAAAACUGGGGAAGAGUCCGAGGAUGAAAAUCGGGUUGUUGGGUAUUUUAAGGGGGCAAUAAAAGUGUAUAAAUGGCCACUGCCUAGGGACGUAGAAGAGAAAACAAUAAUGGGCUUCGACCCCCAGUUCGGUUACUUUCAAGGAAUCCCUUCCAAUGACCCCAUCAGGGUCCUGGUGCGAGUUUACAUAGUGAAAGCCAACGAUCUUCAUCCAAUGGACUUGAAUGGAAAAGCCGAUCCUUAUGUGGUUCUGCAGCUGGGCUCCAAGCGGAUCAGCGACAAGGAAAACUACAUCUCCAAGCAACUGAAUCCGGUGUUUGGAAAGUGUUUCGAAAUAGAGGCCACAUUCCCGCAGGACUCACUUUUGACGGUGCAGAUUUUCGACUGGGACUUGGUGGGCUCUGACGAUAUGGUGGGAGAGACGAAAAUUGACUUGGAAAAUCGAUUUUAUAGCAAACAUCGCGCAACCUGCGGGAUUCCAGAGAAAUAUGAAGAGCACGGAUACAAUGCUUGGAGGGAUGCAAUGAAACCGACCCAAAUCCUCGGACGGUUGUGUAAGGAUUCGCGACUGGACCCUCCAGUGUAUGGGGACGGGCAAGUCAAAGUUGCCAACCAAAUAUUUUCGGUAUUCAAUGAACAGUUCGAGUUUCACAAGUUUAAGGAAUACGAAGAGCAUAUGGCGUUGGCUGUGCUAAACAGGUGGAACGAAGUUCCAAAAGUGGGCUGCCAUCUGAUUCCGGAGCAUGUGGAAACCAGAGCGCUUUAUAACCCGGAAAAGCCUGGCAUUGAACAAGGAAAACUGGAAAUGUGGGUCGAUAUGUUCCCAAUGGACAUGCCCUUGCCCGGUCCACCCUUGGACAUAUCACCUAGAAAACCCAAAAGCUAUGAACUGAGAGUGAUCAUCUGGAAUACGGACGAAGUGAUGCUGGAAGAUGAUGCGUUUUUCACCGGGGAAAAGAUGUCGGAUAUUUAUGUUAAAGGAUGGCUGAAAGGCCCAGAAGAUUGCCAGUGCACGGAUAUUCACUACCGAUCUUUAACUGGCGAAGGCAACUUCAACUGGAGAUUAAUAUUCCCGUUUGAUUAUUUGGUGGCUGAACAGCGCAUUGUGAUAUCCAGAAAGGAAUCCAUGUUUUCCUGGGACGAAACCGAAUGCAAAAUCCCUGCCAGACUGGAAUUGCAAGUUUGGGAUGCCGAUCAUUUUUCAGCUGACGACUUUUUAGGAGCAAUUACUUUAGACCUUAACCGUUUUCCACGUGGAGCCAAAUCGUCCAAACUCUGCACUUUGGACAUGUUGAAACCGGAUGAAUCUGUUCCUACCGUGAACAUUUUUAAACAGAAACGAGUCAAAGGUUGGUGGCCAUUCUACGUGAAAAAAGACAACGAAGAAAUGGAACUGACUGGAAAAGUUGAAGCGGAAAUUCACCUUUUGACCAAAGAAGAAGCUGAUAAAGUGCCGGUGGGACUGGGAAGAAACGAGCCUGAUCCUUUGGAAAAACCAAACCGACCUGAUUCGUCUUUCAUGUGGUUCAUGAACCCGAUUAAAUCCAUUCGAUACAUUCUCUGGCACAACUACAAAUGGACGAUUUUGAAACUGCUCAUCAUAAUAUUCGUGGCAAUAAUUAUAUUGUUGUUUUUUUACUCUAUUCCUGGAUAUACUGUGAAGAGAAUGCUCGGUGCUUAAGCACAUUGUAAAUUAUGGAUGCUAGUCGAAAAUAUGCAUUAAAAUACUUGACUAAAAUUUUCAAAGAGAUUCAGAUAUUUAGUGCAUGUUAUCAGCAAAGUCCGGUUCGGUAAGCAAUUUUUAUUGAUAAGUAAACAUAUCAAAUCUUUUAAAAUUGGAGAAGAAACCGCAUGUUUAAAAUGUUUCAAACUAUUAACAAAUCCAUCACACGUAGAUGCCCAUUUUCACUCAUGUUCUAAAAUCAAUCGAUUUUCCAACAAAGUGUUUGUGAACGAGGGCUUGAUUUUCUGUUCUUGAACACAAAUGCUCAAAUUUACAAUAUUAAUUUAAAAAUUUGCUUUCAUAAAGAGAAAUAAUCAAAGCAAACGCGCCUUUGAAAAAACGGAGCUCGUAUAAUGUAAAUACUAUUUCUACAUUCUAAAUCUUAUGCAAUGAAAACAAUCUUGAAUCGUGCAAAUUAAUUAAAUCAAAAGAUAUUUCCAUAAUUGUAAAUAAGUAUAAGGUACUUACCAUCAAAAUGUUAUAAAAAGUUUCGGCUUUAUAAAGUUGUUGUAUCUUGCAACUGGCGUCUUUCCUCCUUAAGCUCUGAAGAGUAAUCGGGAAGAAUUGAGGAAAAUUUGGACUGUGAUUAUUUUAUUUGACGAAAAUGUGUUGUUACUUUGGACGAAAGGCGCCAGUUUUUAAAUUUAUUCUUCUGAGCAAAAACAAUCUAAUUCAGUAUUAAAUAAUCAAACAACUCUAGAAGUAAGGUUUUACUUACAUGAGGCAAUAUUUUCUCUUCGAUCAAUGUAGAAUAACGUAAAUAUACACAAGUUGCUAUUCA